ACGCGCUGCGGUCACGGACACGACGCAUCACCGGCCGCACCAGUCCGGUGUUCGUGUCGCGCUCUGCCACCCAGAAAACCCCACAACACGCGGUGGGUGCGUGCGCCGCCAUGGCCGCCGCUGCCGGCGACCCGCUGACCCCGUCCUCCGGUUUGCUUUUACUAUAUUGAAAAGGUUUAUGCCUGAAGAGAAGCUUGCAGAUGUAAAGGGUGCCACCCUAACAGCUGAUGGAACAUGGGUUGUAUUUGAUGUUCCUGCGGCAGAUGUUGAAGACUACAUUCAAGCUUCUGAGAGUGCUGCUCAGGUGAUAAUUGAUGAAGUGAAGCAGCUGCCACCCUUGCAAGAGAGAGAGAGAGCAGUCAAGAGGCAACACCGGCGGUGGAAGAUUUGGUCGUGGAGGUGGAAGCAGAUUCGGUGGUGGUGGUGGCCGUGGAGGCGGCAGCAGGUUUGGUGGUGGCGGAGGCAGAGGUGGAGGUGGCGGAGGCAGAGGUGGAGGCGGCAGAGGCUUUUCUGGCAGGGGAGGCGGUGGCAAUAGGUUUAACAGGAGGAAUUAGGUCUGUUGCAGAGCUGGCGAACAUUUGAAAGUUGUAUGUUUUUGACGUAGAUUUUGAGGAAGAGGGUAGUGAAUUGUCACAGUUUUGGCUGCGAGUGUAUCGGCUUUUAUUUAUUUGUUAGUGUUUGUCACCAAUGUUAUGAUCAAUUUUGUCAUCGAAAGUGUACAAUUUUGAUCUUAUCCCAUACCUAUAUCAACUACUAUGACUUAUGAGCAAUGCUGAAAAUAGUCUGCUAUAGCUAUGCAA